UUCAAGCUAUGUCAUUACCAUGCCAGCCAUUCUUGUCAAAGAGUAACAAUGAUGUUGAAUCGUUCUAGCUGCUACCACCGACUAAUCAGACCCAUAGUGUCUUCAUCUUUUGGGGUGCAGGACGCAAUUCAUGGCCGUUUAAGUGGAAUGUUGAAGAAGCGGUAUCCCAACACCAACACCAACACCAACACGUCUCCUCCCGACAUUCAGGAUGAUGAAACAGAAGCUCCGUUUAGUUUAAUCAGCCCCUAUUUGAGCACAUCUUCAUGGUCUAGGUGGAGAAAUCUAUUGCCGGAACGUAAACUUCUUGGAUCAGGAAUGAUGCUCAUAAAGAAUUGCGUCAACCUCAUGGGCCAGGUUGAGAUUGUGAAUAUGUGUCAAAAGUGGGGUGUGGAUCAUGGGGGUUUUUACCAGCCAAGUGGAGCCAAAGUUCCACUGCAUAUGAUGUGUUUUGGUCGAAACUGGGAUCCAGUUACAAGGUAUGACAACCCUUACCGGAGUGAUGGUUCUGAACCACCACCGAUUCCAGAUGAUCUUUUUCUAUUUGCUCAAAGCGUAGUUAAAGAUGCCAGCAGUCGUGCUGAAGACCUUCCUUUAAUGUGCCCGGAUGUUUGUGUGGUCAAUUUCUAUUCAAAAUCCGGUCUGCUUGGCCUUGGCCUUCAUCAGGAUUGCGAUGAGAGCUCUGAUAGUCUCGAAAGAGGAUUGCCUGUGGUUACCAUCGCCAUUGGCGACUCUGUAGAAUUUUUGUUUCGCCACAUUGAUGAAAACAAGUUACACGAGAUUUUGUUGGAAUCGGGUGAUGUUUUGGUAUUCGGUGGCGAGGAUAGACAUAUUUUUCACGUGAUCGAGAGAGUCAUUCCAUCAUCAUGUCCUACACAGUUAGGUAAUGCAACCAGGCUUGCAUCGGGCCAUCUAAACCUUAGUUUAAGACAGUUUUGAUCCUUUCUUCUGGAAGCCUUUAGGGUUUUCUGUCUCUCGUUUUCAAGAUCUUGUUGGUGAGCCUUGUUUGAGUUUCGUCUUGUCAUGUUGGUGCCAAUGAAAUAUUUGUACAGUUUAUCGUGA